UUUGCAGAUAAACCUUGUGAUUUGCCACACAUAGAAAAUGGAAAGAUUGCCCAAUACUAUUAUAAUUUCAAAAGUUACUAUUUCCCUAUGCAUAAGGGAAAAAAAAUUUCCUAUUCUUGUACGGUUGGUUAUACAACUGAAACUGGAACUCAAGAGGGAAGAAUAACUUGUACAGCAACAGGAUGGUCUCCAGUGCCACAAUGCUACAAAAAAUGUAACAAGCCUCUUCUGGAAAAUGGCUCUUUUUAUGGUACAGAAAUGUACUUCAAAAUACAUGAGAAACUGCAAUACAAAUGUAAUUCAGGCUACCACACUCCAAGUGGUGGCACUGACGACACAGUACAAUGUCAGCCAGAAGGAUGGUCCUCCCAGCCCAGCUGUACUAAAAAGUUUGAGUCGUGUCAAAUACCAAAUUUACAUCACGGCAGCUACUCCACAGCCCAACAAGAGCUUCGACUGAAUGAAACAGUGCUAUACAGAUGUGAUGAGGGAUAUCGUACCGCACAAGGAAACACUACAGAAGAAGCAGUGUGUCUAACACACGGGUGGUCCCUUACUCCAAACUGCACUAAAAUAACUUGCUCCUCUUUGAGUGCAGUAGCACAUGGAAGUUUUUAUCCUGUGAAGAAAAUCUAUGAAGAGGGAGAUGUAGUUCACUUUUUCUGUGAGGAAAACUAUUCUGUCAGUGAUUUUGACCUAAUUCAAUGUUAUGAUUUUGGAUGGUAUCCAGACCCUCCAGUGUGUGAAGAUAUAAAAAAUAAGUGUCCUCCACCACCGCUUCCUCCUUAUGCCCAUAUCAUCACAGUUAGAAGAACAUAUCGCAAUGGAGACAAAGUUCAUGUACAGUGUCAAAGUACCUUUGAAAUAAGAGGAUCUGAGGAAAUCCAGUGUGAAAAAGGAAAAUGGACAUCACCCCCUGUUUGCAUUGGAACUAUGGAUAAAUGGGAAUCUGAGGCACCAUCACCACCCGAGGCAGAUGCAGCAAUAAGGGCAAGCAAAACAUAUCGCAAUGAAGACAUGAAAAUGCAGAAAGACUGUACCUCUCCACCUGUGAUUAAAAAUGGUGUUGUUCUUGGUCCAGUAUUGAAAAGUUACCAAAAUGGUUCCUCAGUAGAAUACAGUUGUCAGCAUUACCAUUUUAUGGAUGGACCUAGUACUGUUUACUGUAAAGAAGGAAACUGGACAGAACAACCAACUUGCUUAGAACCAUGCACUCUUAAUGUAACUGAUAUGAACAGCAACAACAUAGACUUGAAAUGGAGACAGGAAGUAUUAAUAUUCCUACAUGGUGAUCUCAUAGAAUUUGAAUGUAAACAGGGAUACAAUUUUCUCCAGACUACCACUCCAUCUCCUGGGAGGACACAGUGUAACCAGGGCAGACUGAAAUAUCCAAAAUGCAUUAAGAAAG